GGGACAAGGGGACCCGUUCAGAGCAGGCCAGCCAGGGACCACUGCACCCUGCGGAGCAAUCAGAUGACCAGCCUCCCAGGAAGGGAAACUAAGGCAGGAGUGCACUUGGCUCUGUGCCAGAGCACGGCUGGAACCGAGCAGCCACCUGAAGACACUGUGAAAGGACUGUGUCCAGCUGAGGCGAGGGGCCCUCCCUCCUCUGGUUCAAGAUUAAGCAGGAAGUGCACUUGGAAUGCACGUGGCUGCCUCUGACUUUCCCAGCUUCGCAGGCUUAUUCAUUCCUGUUUCCACAUAGUGGGCUGGGGAGAGAUGGUUUGUUUCCUGCUGGUCAGCAAGUGAUUUAUCCCGUGGCGCCGGCCCAUGGAGCCUUGCACGUAGUUAUGAUGGACACAGACGAGCCCCACGCAUGCCAGAUGCGGAGUUAAAGAUGCGGAUGGUUUAUCUCCAGUGACCCUCACGUCCUUCCGCCUGGCCAGGGUGUGUGCUGAGUUCCUGGAGAGACGCCGGACACCUAUGGAUCUGCUGCCACCCUUAAGAAGCCAUACCUGAGUCUGCGUUCUUGGACAGCAGCCUGCAGAUCCAGAUUUCCUCAGACUUCCUCCACCUGUGCUUAGUCCCAUGGAGACCUCCCAGGUCCUGCAGCGGAACAGGCUGUUCCGGUCGGGAAGCCACAUCUACAGGAUCCCCGCGCUGCUCUACCUGCCGGGGCAGAGCACCCUGCUGGCCUUCGUGGAGAAGCGGAGGAGCAGGAAGGACGAGCAGGCCGAGCUGAUCGUCCUGCGCAGGGGAGCCUACAACGCAGCCACCCACCAGGUCAAGUGGCAAGCUCAGGAGGUGAUGGCCGGGGCCCAGCUGGAGGGCCACCGCUCCAUGAACCCGUGUCCCCUCUACGACGAGCAGACGGGGACCCUCUUCCUCUUCUUCAUCGCCAUCCCGGGGCAGGUCUCUGAGUACCACCAGAUCCAGACCCGUGUCAACGUGACACGGCUGUGCCAGGUCACCAGCAUGGACCACGGAAGGACCUGGAGCCCCGCCAGGGACAUCACGGAUGCGGCCACGGGCCAGGCCCAUGCGGAAUGGGCCACCUUUGCUGUGGGCCCAGGGCACUGUGUGCAGCUGCACAACGGAAGCCGGAGCCUGGUGCUGCCCGCCUAUGCCUACCGCAACCGGCCCGCACCGCUGGAGCCCGCGCCCUCGGCCUUCUGCUUCCUCAGCCACGACCACGGGCGCACGUGGGGGCGGGGCAGCUUCGUGGGCCAGGACACCUUGGAGUGCCAGGUGGCUGAGAUUGAAGCCAUGGGGCACCGGGUGCUGUACCUCAAUGCCAGGAGCCCCCACAAGGCCAGGGUCCAGGCCCAGAGCACCAGUUAUGGGGUGGAUUUCACGGUGAGCCCGUCGGUGAGGAAGCUGGUGGAGCCUCCCCACGGCUGCCAUGGGAGCGUGGUCAGCUUCCCCGGCUCCAGGCAGGGCUCGGGCUCCGUGGGCGAAUGGUUGCUGUACACCCAUCCCACGGAUCCUGAUGGAAGGUUCAACCUGGGUGUCUACCUCAACCAGCGGCCCCUGGACCCCGAGGCCUGGACCGGACCGGCCCUGCUGGCCUCGGGCAGCUGUGCCUACUCAGACCUGCAGAGCAUGGGGCCUGGCCCCGACGGCUCCCCCCAGUUUGGCUGUCUGUACGAGGCGGACAACUACCAGGAGGUGAUCUUCCUCAUGUUCACCCUGAAGCAGGCCUUCCCCACCGUGGUCUGGGCCCCGUGAGGGCCACAGACUGGCCAGUGGCUUCUUUUUCUGCCUUGGGGCACUGACAGAGGGGACACACUCACCCACUUUCCUGUCCCCACCCUUUGAGAGGCUCCUCGACCCCUCCUCUGGCAGCCUCUUAGCUCUGUCUGUAUCCAGAAGAUUCUAUUCUAUUCUUAGCCCAGCUCAAAGGAGGCUGGCUUUCCUGAGCCCCUUGACAGGGAGGGCAAGAACAGCCUGAACAGCAACUGUCACGCUGCCCAGUGGCUGUCAGACUGCAGGGCUCGACCCACCUGAUCUCCCACCCCCAGCUUUUGUGUGGGUCCUGAUAAAGCUCUGCGUCUAGCCCAUUUCUUUCCUUUUUUUUCUUUUCUUCUCUUUUGAGACAAGGUCUCACAACGUAGU